AUGUUCAGCACCUACCAUGUUCAGCAUCUACCAUGUUCACCACCUACCAUGUUCAGCACCUACCAUGUUCACCAUCUACCAUGUUCAGCACCUACCAUGUUCACCACCUACCAUGUUCACCACCUACCAUGUUCACCACCUACCAUGUUCACCACCUACCAUGUUCAGCACCUACCAUGCUCAGCACCUACCAUGUUCAGCACCUACCAUGUUCACCACCUACCAUGUUCAGCACCUACCAUGUUCACCACCUACCAUGCUCACCACCUACCAUGUUCACCACCUACCAUGUUCACCUCCUACCAUGUUCACAACCUACCAUGUUCACCACCUACCAUGCUCACCACCUACCAUGUUCACCACCUACCAUGUUCACCACCAACCAUGCUCAUCACCUACCAUGUUCACCACCUACCAUGUUCACCACCAACCAUGCUCAUCACCUACCAUGUUCACCACUUACCAUGCUCAUCACCUACCAUGCUCAUCACCUACCAUGUUCACCACCUACCAUGCUCACCACCUACCAUGUUCACUACCUACCAUGUUCACCACCAACCAUGCUCAUCACCAACCAUGCUCACCACCAACCAUGUUCACCACCUACCAUGUUCACCACCUACCAUGUUCACCACCUACCAUGCUCAUCACCAACCAUGCUCAUCACCUACCAUGUUCACCACCUACCAUGCUCAUCACCUACCAUGUUCACCACUUACCAUGCUCAUCACCUACCAUGCUCAUCACCUACCAUGCUCAUCACCUACCAUGUUCACCACCAACCAUGCUCAUCACCUACCAUGCUCACCACCUACCAUGUUCACCACCUACCAUGCUCACCACCUACCAUGUUCACCACCUACCAUGCUCACCACCUACCAUGUUCACUACCUACCAUGUUCACCACCAACCAUGCUCAUCACCUACCAUGUUCACUACCUACCAUGUUCACCACCAACCAUGCUCAUCACCAACCAUGCUCACCACCAACCAUGUUCACCACCUACCAUGCUCACCACCUACCAUGUUCACUACCUACCAUGUUCACCACCAACCAUGCUCAUCACCAACCAUGCUCACCACCAACCAUGUUCACCACCUACCAUGUUCACCACCUACCAUGUUCACCACCUACCAUGUUCACCACCAACCAUGCUCAUCACCUGCCAUGUUCACCACUUACCAUGUUCACCACCUACCAUGUUCACCAUCUACCAUGUUCAGCACCUACCAUGUUCACCACCUACCAUGUUCACCACCUACCAUGUUCACCACCAACCAUGCUCAUCACCAACCAUGCUCACAGUAGAGGGAUAG